AUGGCACAGAAUAAGGCGUUCGCCUCGGUGGCAUUAACGGCCAUUGUGCUGGCGCUUCUUACUCAGGGAAGCAGCGCAGGGCCCAAGAAGUACGACUCCCACAGCACGAAGCAGCCGGUGGAGCAGGUGGACCAGCAGGCGAUGGAGAGCCAGGGCGUGGCCUCAGUGUCAGCACAGGACCCAGAAGCGCGCUUCGGCUUCGCCACCACCGGGCUGGGAGCGGUGGGUGCCACUAGUCUCCUACCUACGGUUGGCAGCACGCUGCGACUCGACCUGGGCGGCGUGCUCCUGGGGGCGGCGCUGGGCUUCGGCGUGGUGCUGUUGCUGCCCAAGCUGCUGCACGUGCUCGACGUCCAGCCGCACUCCUACCACGGCUACGACGGCGGCUACCACAGGAGUGAGGAGGGCUCGGCCGCUGCCGCCACGGACAUGGCACUCUCGCUGCUGUCUCGGGUGGACGCGGCGCUCUCGCGCCACCACGUGGACUCGGCCGCCUGCGUGCAGCGCGCCGUCUGCUCGCAAAUCCGCAACUCCGGGCAGCGCGUGGCGGCGGGCGACGCCUCCGCCUGGGAUGAGGCUAUCGCACAGAUGUCCAGUAACUCGUUGACAAGCUUUUUGCUGGACGGAACGAGCAUCAAGCAGGCGGUGGAGCUGGGUAGAGAAGGUGGUAACUGCGAGGCAAAGUUCGCGCGUUGCUCGCUCAGCAAGGAGGCGCUGAUGGCAGCGGUGCGAGGAUUACUGCCAGAACCAGAGCCCCAGCAGGCCACGCAGCCGUCACCUGUGCGCAGGCGCAAGUAGAGGCUGAAACUCGGAAACAGCUCACACGCAGAC